AUGUCUCCUCCUGGUGGUAGUGAGAGAGAGUCUGGCCUGGCUCGUGUGCUUGGUUCCGGUUCCGCUGGUAUCGCUGAGCUGGCUGUCUUCCACCCUGUCGACACCAUUGCGAAGCGAUUGAUGAGCAACCAGUCUCGUAUCUCUGGUUCCAGCCAGUUGAACCAAGUCAUCUUCAGGGACACGGCCUCCGCUACUGUCGGAAAGAAGUUCGUUUCUCUCUUCCCUGGUCUGGGAUAUGCCGCCGGUUACAAGGUCCUCCAGCGAAUCUACAAGUACGGUGGUCAACCCGUUGCUCGUGAUUUCUUGGCCAAGAACUAUGGCUCCGACUUCGAGAAUGCCUUUGGCAAGAAGACCGGCAAGGCCAUCAUGCACUCCACUGCUGGAAGUUUGAUUGGUAUUGGUGAGAUCGUUCUCCUGCCUCUCGAUGUCCUCAAGAUCAAGCGUCAGACAAACCCCGAGGCUUUCCGUGGCCGUGGUGUCCUCAAGAUUGUUGCCGAUGAGGGAUUCGGUCUGUACCGUGGUUGGGGUUGGACUGCCGCCCGUAACGCCCCUGGCUCGUUCGCUCUGUUCGGUGGUUCUGCCUUUGCCAAGGAGUACCUUUUCCACCUCGAGGACUACAACAAGGCCAGCUGGUUCCAGAACUUUGUUGCUUCUAUUGCCGGUGCCUCUGCCUCUCUCGUCGUCUCCGCUCCUCUCGAUGUCAUCAAGACCCGUAUCCAGAACCGCAACUUCGAGAACCCCGAGAGUGGUUUCCGAAUUCUGUCCAACAUGGCCAAGAACGAGGGUGCUGGCGCUUUCUUCAAGGGACUCGUCCCCAAGCUUCUUAUGACUGGUCCCAAGCUGGUCUUCUCUUUCUGGCUUGCCCAGACUCUGAUUCCUGCCUUUGAUAUUGCUUUCAAGAAGUAA